AUUGUUAUAGGGGCAAAAAGUAAAGAAGUUGGAAUGAUGUGGUAUGAUAACAUAGGAACAUAGGGGAGUGUGACUGUGUGAGAUGAGAGUGAGGGGUGAUGAUGUUGGAUACUAAGAGGGUUUUGGAGCGUCAACUGAUGAGUAUUCUCCAUUGUUGCACCAACCUCAACCACGUCAAACAAGUUCAUGCCAACAUCUACCGCAACAACCUCCACCAAUGUUCCUACGUUAUCACAAAGCUCCUUCGCGUUCUCACCAUCUUCCCCCACGUUCCCCUCCACUCCUACCCUCGCCUUCUCUUCUCGCAGGUUCAUUCUCCAAACCCAUUUCUAUGGACCGCUCUCAUUCGCGCCUACGCUCUUCGAGGACCCCUUUUUGAAGCGCUUCGUUUGUACGCUUCUAUGAGGAAGCAACGCAGCGGUCCCGUCUCCUUUACCUUCUCUGCUCUGCUUUCCGCUUGUGGCGUUGCUCAAGAAGCCGCUUUGGGCGCGCAGCUCCAUGCCCAGACACUCUUGUUAGGUGGGUUCGCGUCUGAUUUGUACGUCAACAACACCCUGAUUGAUAUGUACGUGAAAUGUGGGUUUUUGCAUUGUGCGCGCAAGGUGUUCGAUGAAAUGCCUAAACGGGAUGUGGUUUCUUGGACGGAGUUGAUUGUUGCCUACGCAAGGAGUGGUGAUAUGGAGUCCGCGCAGGAAUUGUUUGAUGGGUUGCCUGGGAAGGAUAUGGUGGCUUGGACUGCAAUGGUCAAUGGGUAUGCCCAGAAUGCCAUGCCAAAGAAAGCGUUGGAGUUUUUUCAGCGGUUGCAAAAUGCGGGUAUAGAGAUCGAUCAGGUUACCUUGGUUGGUGUCAUAUCAGCUUGUGCUCAAUUGGGUGCAUCUAAGUAUGCUAACUGGAUUAGGGACAUUGCUGAGAGUUCUGGAUUUGGGGCAGCGAGUAAUGUCCUUGUGGGAUCAGCAUUGAUUGACAUGUACUCGAAAUGCGGUAGUGUGGAGGAGGCAUAUAAUGUCUUUAAAGGAAUGAAGGAAAGAAAUGUGUUUUCUUACAGUUCCAUGAUUGUGGGGUUUGCAGUACAUGGCCGUGCUCAUGCGGCAAUUAAGUUAUUUUAUGAAAUGUUGGAAACAGAGAUAAAACCAAAUCAUGUUACUUUUGUAGGGGUGCUUACAGCGUGCAGUCACUCAGGCAUGGUAGACCAAGGUCAGCAGCUUUUUGCUACCAUGGAAAGAUGUUUUGGUGUUGCUCCAACUACAGAUCAUUACGCUUGCAUGGCUGAUCUUCUUGGCCGAGCUGGACUCUUGGAAAAAGCACUUCGGCUUGUUGAGGCAAUGCCUAUGGAGCCCAAUGGAGCUGUGUGGGGAGCGCUUCUUGGAGCGUCACACGUCCAUGGGAACCCUGAUGUUGCCGAAAUUGCUUCAAGCCAUUUAUUUGAGCUUGAACCUGAUAAUAUAGGAAAUUAUUUAUUACUUUCUAACACUUAUGCAUCAGCUGGAAGAUGGGAUGACGUGUCAAGGGUCAGGAAAUUGAUGAGAGGUAAAAAAUUGAAGAAAAAUCCAGGGUGUAGCUGGGUUGAAGCAAAAAAUGGUAUGGUUCACGAGUUCUUUGCUGGUGAUGUGAAACAUCCAGAAAUUAAUGAGAUAAAGAAGGAAUUAGAUGAUCUUUUGGAAAGACUGAAGGCUAUUGGAUACCAGCCUAACCUAGGAUCGGUGCCAUAUGAUAUUAAUGAUAAAGAAAAGAGGCUUGUGUUAAUGGCUCAUAGUGAAAAACUAGCUUUAGCUUUUGGAUUGCUGAAUACUGAUGCUGGUUCCACUAUAAAGAUUAUGAAGAACGUUAGGAUAUGUGAGGAUUGUCAUAUUCUAAUGUGUGGCGCAUCAAAAGUUACAGGAAGGAAAAUAGUUGUGAGGGAUAACAUGAGAUUCCACCACUUUCUUAAUGGGGCUUGCUCAUGUAAUAAUUUUUGGUAACCAAGGCGUAGGUCAUAUGCGGAUGAUAAGCUGAGAUAUUGGUGUUGGAAGAAUAACUUUGAAAUGGGAGAGUGACCAUUUUUUAUUUUUGAUAAAUUAGAGGCAUGUAAAGAAUUGCUUUACGGUUGCCCAGAGAUCAGCUAUCAGAUAAGGAUAUUGAAAAUUUUAGAUCAACUGCACAACUGUUCAUUGUACAGGGUUGUGCAAUUUAUCAUUGAGAAGAAUUAAAGAUGGAGAGGGAAGGCAAGCAAGGGCAACUAGCAAACAAUUUUUGUUGUUGGCAAAGGAAAAUUUGUUAGAGACUCAAGAUGAAUGCAAUUAUCAAUUAGUAACAUCAAGGUUAGUAAUAGAAAGCGUACUAUAUUGAACAUUGAAUAUGGUGGCAUCCUGAAGCAGUGACAAAUAAAACAAUGGUUAGUAAUAGAAAGUCAGUCAUGAAGAGAUACUGAAGAAACAAGCCAAAGGAAGCCCUCAUAGUUUUGGUCUUUAAUUUGACCCGGUCUAUUGAAGAUCUAUCUCAAAUAAGUCGGCUAAAUAGAUAGCAUAGCAGGCUGCUAGAGAAUGCCUUAAAACAAUGAGCUAUGAUUUUAUGGGUAGCUCUAGCAAAAAUAGAUUUAGUUUUUCUUAAUGAAUUAAUUUAUUACUUUUCAAAAGAAAGUGCCCGUCUUGGUAUUACACUGUAAUCAUUCUUAAGAUAUAUAAUAAUAUUAUUAUUUAAAAGAUUAUUUGGACCAACAGGCAAACGGUGUGUAAUGUUUUUCUCCACAUGUGAUUUUAAUUGCAAUGGG